AAAAAACUAAUUAACCUGAAAACAAAACAAAAAAACCAACAAGAACAUCAACUAAUUCACGUUCUCUUACAUCUCCAGCGGUCUCUGUCUUUGAUUUCUAAGCAAAAUGCAGAGUGAUUACAAUGGCAGCAAACCCAGCUUCACAAAGAUUAUAUUGGUCUCCUCCAUUGGGUUGAUAUUUGCAGCAGCAAUGCAUUAUCGCCUCAAAAUAAUGAGAGAUCGAAAGAUCAUUCCACGUUUGAGAUUCUCAAAGGCUAGCCAAGCCCCAAAGCUUGAGAGAUUCUCUCAUUACGUAGCUAGGCAAAUGGGGUUCAAAGAUAGGAGGAAUUGUCCUCAUCUAUGCAAAUUGGCUUCUGAGUAUAUAAGGAAAUCUGAGGGAUGUGAAGAUGACAUCUAUGCCUUCUUCGAGAAUGAACCAGAUGCGGAUUCACUUUUUGUGAAGCUUGUGGAGGAGUUUGAGAGAUGCAUUCUCAGUUACUUUGCAUACCAUUGGAGCCGCGGUGAUGCACUCAUAAGUCAGGUGUUGAGCUCUGACAAUGAGCCAAAGAAGAAGCUCAAGCACAUAGUUAUGGCAGCAACUAGGGAUCAAAGGGUGGAGAGGGUAACCAAGAAUCUGAAGGUGGCUAGAGUUUUUAACACAUUAGUAGAAGAGAUGAGAGCAAUGGGGUUUGUAUCAAAUGAUGACAAUAGAUGCACAGAGGUGAUGGCCCCUGUAGCUCACAGUGACAGGAGCCCAGUGCUCCUUUUCAUGGGAGGUGGUAUGGGAGCUGGAAAGAGCACUGUGCUUAAAGACAUUCUCAAGGAACCAUUCUGGGCAGGAGCAGCAUACAAUGCUGUCGUUAUUGAAGCAGAUGCCUUUAAAGAAUCAGAUGUUAUAUAUAAGGCCCUCAGUUCAAGAGGGCAUCAUGACAUGAUAAAAACAGCAGAAUUGGUACACCAAUCAUCCACAGAUGCAGCCUCAUCACUACUGGUAACAGCACUGAAUGAGGGGAGAGAUGUCAUUAUGGAUGGUACAUUCUCCUGGGUACCAUUUGUUGUGCAGACAAUAACAAUGGCCAGAAAUGUCCAUCGCCGCCGAUACCGAAUGGGAGCAGGCUACAAGGUAAAUGAGGACGGAAGUGUUACUGAAAGCUACUGGGAAAGAAUUCAAGAUGAAGAGCCUGAACAAGUUGGAGGCAAAAAGAGAAAACCAUAUAGGAUAGAGCUGGUUGGAGUAGUGUGUGAUGCUUACCUUGCAGUCAUAAGGGGCAUAAGGAGAGCUAUCAUGUGUAGAAGAGCAGUGAGAGUGAAGCCACAAUUGAAAUCCCACAAGAGAUUUGCUGAUGCAUUUCUCACUUACUGUCAGCUAGUAGACAAUGCCAGGCUAUACAGUACAAAUGCUUUGGAAGGUCCACCCAAGUUGAUAGGAUGGAAAGAUAGAGACAAGACAUUGCUUGUGGAUCCAGAUGAAAUUGAUUGUUUGAAGAGGGUUGCUAGGUUGAAUGAAGAUGCAGACUCAAUUUAUGAACUCUAUAAGCACCCUAAUCCAACAUGUGAAGCUGGAUCCAUAUGGAAAGACAUUGUAUUAUCACCUUCAAGGUUGAACAUCCAACAAGAGCUGAAGUAUUCCAUCGAAAAGGUUGAGAAAUAUUUGAACCAUAAUUCUAUCUUCGUGGAUCAGUCAUGAUACUUUUCACCUUGAAAUUUUAAUUUAUUUAAGGUUCAUGAGAUUGAAAACGUCUAGAUUAUAAAAGGGAUAUAUAAGCUCAAUGAGCUUCCAUAGGUGACUGAGGGAAAUUUAUGCAUGUUGUACCGAUGUGACAAAGUUAAAUGUACAAAAGAACAACAUGUAUCAAGGGUGACAUUUGGUUUUAAAAUUGGUUAGUUCAUAGUGAAACAAUUAUAUAAUUUUUUUUA